GGUGUGCCACCCAGCGGCAGCCAUUUCCAACGAGCUGGCGGGGGCAAAGGAUGGCGACGCCCGAAGGGUGGGCGCAGGGGGGGUCGGGGUCGGUGUGUCUCGCCUUCGACCAACUGCGGGACGUGAUUGAGUCUCAGGAGGAACUGAUCCAUCAGCUGAGGAACGUGAUGGUUCUCCAGGACGAAAAUUUUGUCAGUAAAGAAGAGUUCCAGGCAGUGGAGAAGCAGUUGGUGGAAGAGAAAGCUGCUCAUGCCAAGACCAAGGUCCUCCUGGCCAAGGAAGAGGAGAAGCUGCAGUUUGCCCUUGGAGAGAUAGAGGUGCUGUCUAAACAGCUGGAGAAAGAGAAGCUGGCCUUUGAAAAGGCGCUCUCCACUGUCAAGAGCAGAGCCCUGCAGGAGUCCAGCAAGAAGGACCAGCUCAUCACCAAGUGCAAUGAAAUUGAGUCUCACAUUAUAAAGCAAGAAGAUAUACUUAAUGGCAAAGAGAAUGAGAUUAAGGAAUUGCAGCAAGUUAUCAGCCAACAGAAACAGAUCUUCAGGAAUCACAUGUCUGACUUCCGGAUCCAGAAGCAGCAGGAGAACUACAUGGCCCAGGUGCUAGCCCAGAAGCAUAAGAAAGUCUCGGGGGCGUGUCAGGCCCGGAGCCACCAGCGUCCCAGGGAAAAAUAAAAUAAUCAUUACCUUUCUGUUAUCUGGUUGUAA